AGCAGCUCGGGAUGGAGUCCUGGACCUGCCGUGCUCCCGCGCCUUGCCUCCCCUGGCCCCUUUGAAUUUUGAACUAGAAAUGAAGUGGAAAGCAGAAACGCGCUUGCCGGUAGUUUGGCGGCCGGCUGCCUCCCCUUCACAGUCAAAGGCGAAGCAUCAGGCCUGCUGGCCCUGCCCAGUCACGUGGACGCCCAGGAGCAGAGGAGCAAUGACCCGCCAGAAGGCGCCGUGGGCUCUGGCCAUGCAACAGAAGCUAAUGGUAUAGAUGUAGAAGUCAUCCACAGAGAUGUUACAGUUGAAGAGAUGGGGGUAGAGAAGACUUUGAAGGAAAAGAAUGUAGAAUGAGGAUAGAAGAGAGAAAAUCUCAACAUUUAACAGCAUCAAUACUUGAAGGAAAUGUGGGCCAAAAAUGUAUUAAGGACAAUAUUAUCUCCAAUGAAAAAUCAGCAGCAUGGAAGAAUUACCCACAAGUGACUGACAUUUUUCUGGCUCAGCCCCUACGAAGAAAGUUUCUCUGCUUCUCUCAUCUGUGGUGUUUGACAGAUGAAAAAGUGAAGGCGUAUCUUUCUCUUCACCCCCAGGUAUUAGAUGAGUUUGUGUCUGAAAGUGUCAGUGCAGAGACAGUAGAAAAAUGGCUGAAGAGGAAAAACAAUAAAAUAGAAGAUGAAUCAGCUCCUAAGGAAGUCAGCAGGUACCAAGAUACCAAUAUGCAGGGAGUCGUGUAUGAACUGAACAGCUAUAUUGAACAGCGGUUGGACACAGGAGGAGACAACCAGUUGCUCCUCUAUGAAUUGAGUAGCAUAAUCAAAAUAGCCACAAAAGCUGAUGGAUUUGCACUGUAUUUCCUUGGAGAGUGCAAUAAUAGUCUGUGUGUGUUCACACCACCUGGGAUAAAGGAAGGAAAACCCCGACUCAUCCCUGCCGGGCCCAUUACCCAGGGCACCACCAUCUCUGCUUAUGUGGCCAAGUCCAGGAAAACACUGCUUGUAGAGGACAUCCUUGGGGAUGAACGAUUCCCAAGAGGUACUGGACUGGAAUCAGGGACUCGCAUCCAGUCUGUUCUCUGCUUGCCAAUUGUCACUGCGAUUGGUGAUUUGAUUGGUAUUCUUGAGCUCUAUCGGCACUGGGGCAAGGAAGCCUUCUGCCUCAGUCAUCAGGAGGUUGCAACAGCAAAUCUUGCCUGGGCUUCAGUAGCAAUACAUCAGGUGCAGGUGUGCAGAGGUCUUGCAAAACAGACUGAAUUGAAUGACUUUCUCCUCGAUGUAUCAAAAACAUAUUUUGAUAAUAUAGUCGCAAUAGAUUCUCUACUUGAACACAUCAUGAUAUAUGCAAAAAACCUGGUGAAUGCCGAUCGUUGUGCACUCUUCCAGGUAGACCAUAAGAACAAGGAAUUGUAUUCAGAUCUUUUUGAUAUUGGAGAGGAAAAGGAAGGAAAGCCUGUCUUCAAGAAGACCAAAGAGAUAAGAUUUUCAAUCGAGAAAGGAAUCGCUGGUCAAGUAGCAAGAACAGGGGAAGUCCUGAACAUUCCAGAUGCCUAUGCGGAUCCACGCUUCAACAGGGAGGUGGACUUGUACACAGGCUACACUACCCGCAACAUCCUGUGCAUGCCCAUCGUGAGUCGGGGGAGUGUGAUAGGCGUGGUGCAGAUGGUGAACAAAAUCAGCGGCAGUGCCUUCUCCAAGACCGACGAGAACAACUUCAAAAUGUUCGCUGUCUUCUGUGCUUUGGCCUUACACUGUGCUAAUAUGUAUCAUCGAAUCCGGCACUCAGAGUGCAUCUACCGGGUAACCAUGGAAAAGCUGUCCUACCACAGCAUUUGCACUGCUGAGGAGUGGCAAGGCCUCAUGCGCUUCAACCUCCCUAUGCGGCUCUGCAAAGAAAUUGAGCUGUUCCACUUUGACAUUGGUCCUUUUGAAAGCAUGUGGCCUGGGAUCUUUGUCUACAUGGUUCAUCGGUCCUGUGGGACGUCCUGCUUUGAGCUUGAAAAGUUGUGUCGUUUCAUUAUGUCUGUGAAGAAGAACUACCGACGGGUUCCUUACCACAACUGGAAGCAUGCGGUCACAGUGGCACACUGCAUGUAUGCCAUAUUGCAGAACAAUUAUGGGCUCUUCACAGACCUCGAGCGUAAAGGACUGCUGAUCGCCUGUCUGUGUCAUGACCUGGACCACAGGGGCUUCAGUAACAGCUACCUGCAGAAGUUCGACCACCCACUGGCAGCUCUCUACUCCACCUCUACCAUGGAGCAGCACCACUUCUCCCAGACAGUGUCCAUCCUGCAGUUGGAAGGGCACAAUAUCUUCUCCACCCUGAGCUCCAGUGAGUACGAGCAGGUGCUGGAGAUCAUCCGCAAAGCCAUCAUCGCCACUGACCUUGCCCUUUACUUUGGGAACAGGAAACAGUUGGAAGAGAUGUACCAGACUGGAUCUCUAAAUCUCCAUAAUCAGUCGCAUAGAGACCGUGUAAUUGGUUUGAUGAUGACUGCCUGUGAUCUUUGCUCUGUGACAAAACUGUGGCCAGUUACAAAAUUGACAGCAAAUGAUAUAUAUGCAGAAUUCUGGGCUGAGGGCGAUGAAAUGAAGAAAUUGGGAAUACAGCCAAUCCCUAUGAUGGACAGAGACAAGAAGGAUGAAGUCCCUCAGGGGCAGCUUGGGUUCUACAAUGCUGUGGCCAUUCCCUGCUACACCACGCUGACCCAGAUCCUCCCCCCGACAGAGCCUCUGCUGAAAGCAUGCAGGGAUAACCUCAGUCAGUGGGAGAAGGUGAUCCGAGGAGAGGAGAGUGCCCAGUGGAUCUCAGCCUCGCCAGCGGCCCCAGAGACCUCUGAGAAGCCACCCGUGAAGACUGAUGGCUGACAGCAGGGCCAGUCGUCCCACCAGCGAGUCUCAUCUUGCUUCUUUGACUUUUUUCCUUUUAUUUUUGAGGGGGGAAAACCUACACCUGGUAGCUGGGGUGGAAACCUUGGAGAAGCUGAUGUCAAGCGUGUGUGUGCAAGCAGACGACUUCCCACGGUCUCAGCACACACACCCAGCCAGAGUGCAGCCAGCAGGGCCCGUGUUCAGAAGUCAGCUGGCCAGGACUCCCCAGCCCCCACCCGUCCUUUUCUAGCAGGCUGAUUUGCCCAGCCCUUACAAGAAAUGGACCAAGACUGCUCAGAGGGUGCUUUCCACGGCGUCUUUCUCUGAGGGUUUGACACGGUACUUUUGUGCUAUUCUACUUUGGCUCUCACACCAUUGUUGCUUUGGCGUCCUUGGUUAUAAAUAGGUUUUUACACUUUCCUAUUGUGAAUGUUCUUGUGUGACCUCCUUGGGGUUGACUUGAAUUGUAGCCCAGCGCCUCAGGACCAGUGUCAUGAAGAUUACAGAGUCAGAAGUGAUGGAAAAGCCAACGCUCUGCGUCUGUAGUGGAGGGCGGUGAGCCGGCUUCACACUAAGGGAAGCGGACGUCUGGCCUUUUGAGAAGAGCUGUAGGUGUGCACCCUGUCAGCCUCAGAACUUCAAGUCUCAGUUCAAACAAUGUCAAAGAGUUAAAAAAAAUUCCUCAUUGUAUUCUUGGAAAAUUUAUUGAAUCUUUGCAUAAAGAACAAAAUAAAAGCAAGGCAUAUAAAACUUUUAACGAAUAAGUCUUGUGUGAAUGUAAAAUGUGAAUAUUUAAUAAUGAUUCCUUGAAAUUGUCACUUUGUCAUGGAAAAAGUUUAGACUCAUAUUCAAAAUGGAAGGUUUAUUCUAAAAGUUACUUCACUAAAAGACCAUACAAUUCUCUUAAAAUCAAAUGGCACCUUGACGUUUUGAUGUUCUGUAGCUCACUUGAGUCUGCUGUCAUCCCUCCUGUUCUCUCUGCGCGUUGCCCAGUCCCCUCUCAGAGGCGUGCUGUGGGGGGCACAGCCAUGGGGAGGCACAGUGCCCUUGCACUGUCCCUUGUCUCUGUCCUGUUCUCUCCUCCCAGAUUAAACAUCCACAUCAAAACCAGUGACUUGGGUGGUUGCUCCUAUAUGAGUUUUUGGCAGACUAAUACCACUGGACAGGUUAGUGUCUAGAAGGGUCCGACAGCACUCUCUGGACCCUUCUGCAGACAUUAAAGAACAGGCAGUAUCAGGUCCUGCUAGUGCUUUAAAGAGUCUGAGCCCACCCACGGCACAGUGGUAUCUGAACCCCAGGGAAUCAGAGUCUUCAGGAAGUGACACCCAGUCCAUAGCAAGUAGCUCAUCCUCUAUUCUUGUGGCAGGAACAUGGAAUAUUACUUUAGAAAACAAAUUUUUAAAAAUAGGCUUAUGCAUUCUCAACACCAUACACAUCAUUCAUAUGAGCUUGAUGUUUGCAAAAUUAAAGCCUUUUCUACAACAUGGUUUAUUAUGUUGUAGCAGAGUUGACUGUACAUAACCACUGUUGUUAUUUUAGAUUAACACUAUGUGUUCAGUUUCCUUGUGGGCCUCUGAAGUUGCCAUCUUCUUUCCAUGGAGCUCCAUUUGCUAUUGUACUUAAGUAAUAGGAAGUAAAAUGUAAUAACUAAAGAGAGGAAUCCGACUGUGGCUAGAUCUACACACACAUACAUGCAUGUAUGUAGCAUGUGUGCAAACACAGAUGUAUAUAUGAUACACUCACAUAACACAUGAGACAGAAGCAAAGAUAGGGAGAAAGAGGCAAAAGUGUAUGAAAAAUAAAAAUCAUCCUCAUUCUUUAAAAAGGAUUUUUGUGUUGAGAAAUAUCUGUUGCUUGAUAAGUUUGACCGAAGUGUGAUUAUUCAAUGAGGAUAAAAUUCUAAAAAGUUGCAUAAGUUUCCUCAUAUGAAUUUAUUAAAUGAUCCCAUCAAAUACAACUUUCAUUUAUGUAAAUGAAUUGAGUCAUCUAAUCUAAUUGGUAAGAUAAAUUGCAGGAGGGGGCUUAUCAUUUAAGAUUAUUGUUUAAUUAAAAGGAUUUUAAAGGCAUGCUGAAUCCUAAUUCUUAAUGGGGAAAACAACCACUGGGCGGGGAAUCUCACAGCCGCUUUUAUAUUUGAAGGUUGCUCUUCUGAUCUGAUCACAGGAAAUUCUUUUAAUUUGAUAUGGCCAAGGGUAUUGUAUUGUAUGACUCUACUUUGAACAGUUUUCCAAAGGAGAGUGUGUGGCUCUGCUGGGGGGGGGUCCAUUUCUUGUGAAAUCUUGUCAUAAUAGAAGUGCAGCUUGAACAAAAUAAUAUAUGCUAUAACAUCAAGUGUUUCCAUCACUUUUGCCAUGUGUGGGAUUGAUUUAGGAAGCAUAGAUUGACCUAGAAAGAGCCUAGGAUGCACUGAUAUUUAGUUAACAAUUGGUUUUGGAAAACAUAUGGUCAGGAGCAUCUUUGCAUUUUGGCAAAUAUGUUUGGCAGACAAACUGUUUCUCGUCUUUUUCCCAGAUCUUUUCUUACAAGGAAAGUGUGAUAUCAGAAGCCAGGCAGAUGGUUUUCAUGCCAAAUUAAGGUGAUAUUUUAGAGUAGGCUGGAUUUUCCUUGAUAUAAAUUCAGUAAGCAGCUACAACUAAUGUAGAAUGUCCAGUUUGUAGAAAUUUGUAUUGUUUAUGUUGAUUAGUAAUGGGUAAUGCAAUUAUUCCAUUAUCUUUCCAGACUUAGUAAGCAUUUUUUUUUAACCAGAAAUCACCUUGGAAACAAAUGUAUGCCAACAACAACAUGAAGCAUCGAACCCUGUCAGUGGUAUAAAAUCCUACAAAAAUGCAAGCAUCUUAUUAAUUAGUAAUGAAUUAAUUAGGAGGACUAAAAGGGAAUGCAGUGGGUAUAAACGGCUAAUAAACAUGGCCCUUUCCCCAAGGCAGGGACACCUGUAUCUCAGGCCCCUGCUUUAGUUACUGCAAAGAUGAGUCUGAGAGACUGACCUGGGGAAAGAGCCCGCUGAGCCACCAGCCAGCAGGCUCCAUCUUGGCCCCUCCUCAUGGUGACCCUUACAGUGGCAUUCCAAGGGGCGCCUGCUCACAGCCAUGGAUGCAGGGUCCAUCUGAUCUGAAACUAGAUUUGUUCAGUGUAGGUUUCCUCUUUUUUAGCAUGUUUUAAAAUUUUGUUUUUCUAAUUUUGUACAGGACAUGCAGAGAUGCACAAAUCCCUAGAUACCUGGGUUUUUAGUUUGCCAUGUUGUGUUUCUGGUCUCUGAAUUCAAAGUCAAGGUUUGAGCUCUAACAGUACUAAAUUAUUCACCAUGCUUUGGCCUGUGCCUUGACUUUAAACACUGCAGUUUUAUUUACUUCCUCUCUCCUGGUCAUUAGUUUGCUUUUUCUUCUCCUCCUCCUCCUCCUUCUUUCUUUUUCCUUAAAUAUAAUUGAAAACACUGAAAGGACCACAUCCCUGGUUAAUUUGAUCAAGUUGAGUGAACCAGGACCAUUCUCUCCUCAUCAGAUUCCUGUCCUUUCUUUGGCUGGCUUGACAUACACCCUGGUGACUGCAACCAAUGAACAGCUCAGAUUGUCUUUACUGAAAAAACUUCCAAGAACUAACACUGCGUCUGAUGUGGUUUUGUUGGCUUGCAGGUACCAGAGGCAUGAUUCAGAUUUUUGAAAAUUACUUCUCUAUAUAUUUACAAUGUGUCUGCUUUCUACACUUAGAUUUUAUUUAGGUUGUAAUUCUCAAUGACUCUUCUUUUAGUCACUUUAGUGGAUCCCUUCUACUGCAAGUGUUGAUUUAUCAAUCACUGUACAACUUGAGUUGGCUGUGUAUGCUACAGUCAGUUCCCCACGCUUAGCAGCGCAUGGCUGUUAGAGUUGCACAUGUGUGUGAGUAUUAACCUGAUGCACAUUUUGCUCAAUUUUUUACGCAUUUAUACUAAGUUUAAAUUAGUGGUGCCCAGUGCAGUACAUGUUGUUUUUGUUGUCUUUAAAAAAUAAACAAACCAAAAACUGUACAGUUUGGUUGCCUAAAGCACUGGAUAUAUUUUAUGUGAUGAAAAACAAUUAGCCAAGAAAGAAAAAGUUCAGUGGAAUUCUUGUUCCAGAUUAAGAAGAUGGAACAAAGAGAAAGACAUAUUAAUAUUGCUUAAGAAAAACACAUUUAAAAUCCAAAGAAGCACCGUGAUAGUCACCUAAUUUUUCUCUCAACCUCACAGCAGACAGUGCAUUCUGAGUUGUAAAGUCUGCCUGCUCUGUCCUCAAGUUUGAGAAGCUAUAACUGAAACAUGUAUACCUGGGCCUGGCUCAGAGGGCCCGGAAAAAUGUCACGAAAGGACCACAGCAGGAAGUCAGCGUGUAUAUUUUAAUGCCCAGCUAAUAACUUUGAGGCACUCUUUAUUUGCAGAAGUUUGAGCAAAAUGUUUUUAUUUCUGAUAUAAAUUUAGUUCAAAACUGUAUUAUUUAAUAUUCCAGGUCACCUAACACAUCAUCCUAUCAUGGAUGUUGCCACCUGUUUUUUUCUUAGGUCACCCUGAUAACCCAAUUCUCUGCUGUCGCUCAAAUACCCAACAUAAAUGACAGUUGGGAAUAUUUUUUCCAUAUGAUCUGUUGUAUGGUGUAUAUGCUGCCUAUCCAUUUAGUGUGUAGAUUGAAAGUACAGUAGAUUCUUCAGUAGAAGGCAUUUCUAAUAUCUAAACAAUAUUCCUACCUGUUUGAAAUUAAGUGCUUGCCUAAAACACUGUGAAAGUUACCAAAAUUUGUACAAAUGCAGCAUCUUGAUUCUUUCUGAGAAGAAAAGGUGACUUUCUCUACAUAAACAUAAGCGCAAAAGAGAUGCUGUACUCCCACCUUGCCAAGGCACCUAGCAGCGCACUGUGACAGGUUCCUGCUGACCAGGACCAUGGGAGCGCAGCCAGGCCCUGUACCACAGUGCCCGGAUAAGCUGACAACCUACAGGCAGCAGCUCUGGCCAAAGCCUUACUAGGAUCUCUUGGAAGGGGAAAAAAAUUCCAAGUUAACAAUAUCCAACCUUAUUGUAGUUGAGGGGUUAGUAAUUUCCAAAAAUUAUUUUAUAUGUAUGACAUAAAAAUCUUUGUAAAAUGCCCAAGUGCAAUAACUUAAAGAGAUCUUAACUUUGCAUUUAUAAAUUAUAAAUAUUGUACAUGUGUGUAAUUUUUUCAUGUAUUCAUUUUCAGUCUUUGUAUUUUAAAAGGAAUCUUUACUGUUAUGUUUGUAUAAUAUAACAAUAAUCAUUUAUUAUAACCUAGGCAAGAUGUAAAUAAAUUCCUAAUUCAAACAGCUGGUGUAUAUGCAUAUAUGGGUAUUAUAUGGCGAAGUCUAGCUUUGUUUUACUUACAUGCUUAGAGCUGCCAGAAAUCUUUGUUGAUAUGUAAUUAUACAUAUAAAGUAUAUAUAUAUAUGUACGAUACAUGAAAUAUAUUUAGAAAUGUUCAUAAUUUGGUGUGAAUCAUUGAAUACAGUUUUUAAAGCAUCA